AUUUGGAAUUCACCUCAGCAUUUUGUUGAUGGUUCGGCUGGGAGAAAGUGUGUGUUCAUAAUGGUGGCAAAAAGGAAGUAUACGGCAAACAGAUGAAGGAUGGAUCCACCUAAGAUUGUUAUCACAAAGGAAAAACUCCAGGGAGGUUCGCUUAUUCGUAAAACUUCCAUUCGUAGGAGGGUAUCGCUGAAGGAAGACAGACGUCAAGAAAAAUACGGGACCUUAACAGGAGAGUAUGCUCGGAUUAAAAACACCAUGCUUCUGGAUCGUGGGGUCCAAAACACACUGGAGUCAUUGCAGGAGCGGUGGAGAAUGAUCAUGUUCAUGUACGAUGACUGCGUGGAGAUGAUCCAAAGCAGACGACAGAAGCCACUCUGCAGACGACAACUGAUACAACGACGAGAACUGAUAGCAUGUGUCAUCAUAUAUUCUGCUCUCUUUUUACCUGUAUUAAUUGCAAUAUUUCUAACGUAUAUCAUAGUGUUAUAAUUUAGUUUAUAAGUAAUAUGUUGAAAGUUAUUAAAAAUUAAAAAAGGAAAUAUAACCAA